CCAAAAAAUUUCAAUCCUCCUCUUUCUUUCCCUUUUCUAUACUUAACAACAAGUUUGGUUUUUUUUUUUUUUUUUUGUCUUUGUCUUCACACACCCUUCACCAAACCCCUCAAUAUUUUGCUAUACCAAAACAUGGGAACCCCACAGUCCAAUUUGCCACCAGGUUUUAGGUUCCACCCAACUGAUGCAGAGCUUAUACUUCACUACCUUAGGAAGAAAAUUGCCUCCAUUCCCUUGCCUGUUUCCAUCAUUGCUGAAGUUGAUAUUUACAAGUUGGAUCCAUGGGAAUUACCAGCAAAGGCUUCAUUUGGUGAGAAAGAAUGGUACUUUUUCAGUCCAAGAGAUAGAAAGUACCCAAAUGGUGCAAGGCCAAACAGGGCAGCUGCUUCAGGGUAUUGGAAGGCUACUGGCACUGACAAGACCAUAGUGGCAUCAUUGCCAAGUGGAGGGAGAAGGUCACAUGACAACAUUAUUGGUGUCAAAAAAGCUCUUGUUUUCUACAAAGGAAAACCCCCAAAGGGUGUUAAGACUAAUUGGAUCAUGCAUGAAUAUCGCCUUGUAGAUAACAACAAACCUAUUAAGCUCAAAGAUUCCUCCAUGAGGUUGGAUGAUUGGGUACUAUGCCGAAUUUACAAGAAAUCAAAAUGUGCACUAUCUUUAACAGAGGCAGAAACAAUGGUAGGUGAUGUAGAUCAAGCAAAAGAGACCCAAAUAAAGGACACCCUUUUCCAAAUCACAAAAAAUUCAACCUCUCCUAAUCAAAACACACUUAUGUCUCAAAAAUCAAUGUCAUUCUCCAACCUUUUAGAUGCUAUGGACUAUUCCAUGUUAAGCAGCUUCUUAUCUGAAAACCAUUCUAACCCAUCAGGAAUUGGAUCAAGUACAAGUUUCAACACUGAAAAUUUUAAUCAACCAUCCUCACAAAUCAACACCAACAACAAUUACAUGUUUCAGAAGAACACUUCAAAGCAACAACUUUCAAACAUAGAUGAAGACACUUUAUUAUACCAAUCAAAGAAAUACUUGAAUUCCUCUUGCAAUUUCCCUAACAUUAAUUCCCAAUACGAGAAUUACCUCAUGAAGCAAUCUCUAUUGAAUCAACAAUUGAUUCUAGGACCUCACCUCCAAUUUCAAGGCUAAUCCAAAAACACCACAAAAAUUAAGUGGUGCCCAAAAAAUAAUAAACUUUAGAUAAUAGAAACAGUUAAUUAAUUAGUAAAAUUUCUAGAAGUUGGACCCACAAAAGAACAAAUGUCAUAAUUAAUUAAGGAUUACUAGUAGUAGUACAUAAAGUAUAGUGUUUAUUUUUUUUCAUUUUAAUUUGUACUAGGAAUUGAAGGAGGGGUUAGGAAGUGUUUGGUAGGGAAUCAAAAUAAAGAUUCCAGCUCAAUAAUAAAUUGUGAAAAGAAAAUAUCAAAAUUUUAUGACCAAUCAGAAGCAGUCGUGUACAAAAUGUUAAUUUGUUCGUGUGUUGUUGGGGUUGGCAAGUUAGCUUUUUAAUAUAUACUCUGCAGAUAAGUAUUGUACUGAUUGUGAUGAUAUUUUUCAUUCUUUUUUCGGAAAAAGCUAGCUUUAAAUUUUUCUUUUUUA